AUGCCACCAAAGAAGCCCGCCAAGGGAGGAGCCGCUAAAGAAGAUGCUCCGAAGAAGGAGGCGAAAGGAGGAACCGCCGUCAAGGUUCGUCAUAUUCUCUGUGAGAAACAAGGCAAGGCUCUGGAAGCAAUCGAAAAAUUAAAGUCGGGAAUGAAGUUCAACGAAGUGGCCGCCCAGUACAGCGAGGAUAAAGCGAGGAGUGGAGGAGACCUGGGAUGGAUGACACGUGGUAGUAUGGUGGGACCAUUUCAGGAUGCUGCAUUCGCUCUAUCGAACAGCUCCUGCGACAAGCCGAUCUACACUGAUCCACCAGUCAAGACGAAGUUCGGUUAUCAUGUGAUCAUGGUGGAGGGGAAGAAAUAA